AUUUUAGAAAAGGAACACUGAAAGAAAGGAAGAAAUUUGGAAAAGCCACAAAACAACCACCACCUCAGCCAGGACCAGCGCUGUGGUGGCGGCUCUUUUCCUGCUAGCAGCACAUCUCGGAGUUUUGCAGCUGUGUCCGUUCCAGUCAGCUACGUUGCAUGCGCUGACCGAAACUUUUUAGCGACGAAGAAGGCACGGCGGUUACGAAGUCCUUGUUUCUCUUGGCCACAAUAUCAUUGGCGUACUCUAUCUGGGCUGGUGGAGAGCAGGAGGCUUGCGAGUCUCAAUAGAGUCGUUCGAAAGACAAUCUCUUCCGGCUUGAGUUGUUAGAAGCCGUCCAUGCGGAGGUAAAAGAAGGCUUCUUGCCGCCUUACAGCAUUGUAAGAAGGAAAGAAAAGCUGGCUCAGCUUGCAGCAUUUGAGCCCUGAAAACACUGAGCGUCAUCUGUCAAGGCUCGUAGCUUUUGCGCAGAUAUAUAUUGCAGAGGCCAGCACUGGUAAAGUCCAGGGGAACAUAGUUGCCCCCCUCAGACAUGAUAGACCUAGCGAUGUCAGUGAUGGAACUAAACACAUCUUGAGCCAUGCAGAGUGCAAACGGGACUGAGGUUUCAGUCCCAGCGGGGGCGCCCAACGGCCUCAGAAAAACGGGGAAGGUCCCCUCAAUGCUAGACCUGACGACAAAGCUCCUCUUUGUGUCGUCGAAGGGCGACGUAGAAGGCGUCACUGAGCUUCUUGAUCUAGGGUGCGAUGUGAACGGGGCAGAUUACGAUGGACGCUCGGCGUUGCAUCUGGCUGCAAGCGAGGGGAAGACGGACGUCGUGAAGCUGCUGCUUGAGAGGGGAGCCGAUGUCAACGCCCUUGAUCGAUGGGGGAGCACGCCCCUCUCCGAUGCGACGCACUUUGGCUUUGCGAGCACGAGUAAAGUGUUGGAAGCUGCGGGGGGGACGAUCAUGGAUAGUCGACGAGAGGUGACUGCCCAACCUAGCGUUGUUGCGGACUGGGAGGUGGACCCGACGGAGAUCGACAUGAAGAAGAGCAUUCCGAUAGGCAAGGGCGCCUUUGGAGAGAUCCGGCUUGCAGCAUGGCGGGGAACCAAGGUGGCGGUGAAGACGAUCCUCAUGUCGCUCUCGGACGAUCGACAAGUGGCAAAGGAGUUCCUGGACGAAGUGGCGCUUCUUCCUCAGUUGCGGCAUCCAAACAUCGUCCAAUUUCUCGGGGCCGUCACGCAGCAGAAGCCAUUCAUGCUCAUUACGGAGUACCUCCCCCGAGGCGAUCUCCACUCCAUCAUCCAGCGACGAGGCGCUUUGGACCCUGCCACCGCCACCCGCUUUGCCCUUGACAUAGCCAGGGGGAUGAAUUACCUCCAUCAACGAAAACCGGAUCCAAUAGUACAUAGGGACCUGAAGCCUAGGAAUCUGUUGCGGAACGAGGCGGGCCGCUUGAAGGUGGCGGACUUUGGCCUGAGCAAGCUGCUGAAGGCGCGCCACAACCAGGGCAUGCAAGACCCCUACCAGAUGACGGGGGAAACCGGCAGCUAUCGAUACAUGGCCCCCGAGGUGUUCCGGCACGAGCAAUACGACAAAACCGUCGACGUGUUUUCGUUUGCUAUGAUUGUGCAAGAGAUGUUCGAGGGGCAGCCCGCGUGGAAGUUCCAAUUGGCGGAGGACGUCGCUCAGUAUCUGGCAAUCGAGGGGGCGCGACCUCCCUUCAAGAGCAGAAACUACCCUGCGGGGAUGAAAGAGCUCAUAAAAGAUUGCUGGGCUGGGGAUCCGAAGAACCGGCCAAACUUCUCCAAAGUAAUUGAGCGGUUGGAAGUGAUUGAGCAACAGUUUCCGCCCGUUGAUUAUGGUCUCUCCGACAUGAGAUGCCAAUGCAGCAUACUCUAAUUAUGAGGUGGUUUGCUCGGGGCGGGGUUGCGAAUCUGGUGCGAACUUGUACACAAAUAGUCAAAUAUGUCGGGCCUAAUAUUGACAGGAAAAUCACGGAAUGAUUUUGCAAAGUUGCAGCAGAAUUUGAUCCCUACUUUGGAUUCGGCAGCAGUCGUUAGUAUCUGCCAUACCAAUUGGGACGGUCACAUUGGAGCGCAUGGAUUGCCUGUGCUUGUAGAGAUAGGUUGCAAUAAGUCUGCCAUGCGAGGUCAAAGCCGGACCAUAGUGCUGUGGUGGAUAAGAGAGUCAGAGACAUACCCGUAUUACGCUUGGAAUCGUCUUGCAACUUGUCGAAAUACUUUGCUCCCACCAUUCCUGUUUCUGAGUUCAUCCAAAAGGUGUCAGC